AUGGCACCAUGGUUUGGAACAUCUAGUAGAAUCAAUGAUCAAUACCGAAAAUACCUAGAGCCUCGAUGUUUUACUAAUUAUGAUAAUUUUCAAAAGGAAGUUAAAAGACAAAUUACUACAUUAAAUAAUAGGGACCAAAAAAGUUUCUGCACAAAAUGCCAAAAAAUAAAACAAGAAAUAAAUGAAAAAAACAAUGAAUUAAAAAAUUGUUACUCUUACAAUAUAUUAAAAAAUAAAUUAAUAAAUGAUGAUGAUAUAAAUGCUUUUAUGGAAAAAUGUCUUGAACAACCUAAAUGUAGUUACAGUGGGGCGUCUAAUGCUAGAAGUCCUCCUGCAUUAAAAGGCAAACAAGAAAAAACUUGUAGAGGAAGCAAUGAUUGUAAUAGAGUAGCAACACUAGUGAAAGAAUCAGCAGGUAAAAAUAAUACACCCAAUCCUAAUGACCUUGUUGUGGCGAGACCUGGAGUUUCUGAUCCCAAAGUUAUUUAUCCUUCUGGUACAACUAGGCAUGAAUCUAUUCCGAAACCAGCGGCAUCUGCUUCACUGAAUUCCUUAACUAGUGCAUUAGGUAGCAGCUCAAAUGAUUCUUCAUCACGGAUUACCCUUGGAACUGAUUCUAGCACAACUGCUAUCGCUCAACAACAAAAUUUAGGAACAAGCAGCCAUGAGAGUGAUCAACAUAGCCCCCAACAUGUAAAUAGUAAUCCCCUUAGUGCUCAGGAUAUUGGGAGUCGAACUUCUCAAGAUCAAGAUACUGAUGAAAGAUCUCAUAAUGGUAAAGAUGCUGCCGUUAUAACUCUUGGCGAUGGAAAUCCUGGUACUGAAGUUAUUUCUAAUUUAUUGGAAGGCAUUGCAGAUUUAGGCGGUUUACCUCGUCUGCACAAUAAAAUAACUGAUGCUGCAGCUGGUGGAGAAAUGUAUGUAAACGGGGUUCCUCUAGAAAUACCUGUUGGUAAACCACUUAGUGAUUCAACUACUGGCGAUAAUCCCGAAAUAAAAUAUAAAAAUUAUACCGCAAUGGCUUUAGCACCCACGGGAGUCAUUAUGCUGAUGACACUUCUUUCUAAAGUAAACCAAAUUAAAAGAAGGAACACACGAAAAGACAUUAGACAAAAUAUAGAGAGGAUACUACUAUUGGAAUCUCCCGCUAAAACAGAAGAAAGUAGUUACUCAUUUGCAUAUAGUCCUUCUCAAUAUUGGGAAAAGUGA